UUUCUCCUCUUCACAUCAUCUCCAUUCUCUCCUCUUCCCCUCUUCCAAAUAAAAAACUGAAGCAAUCACCAUUUCUCGAUAAUUGCAUCACCUGGGCCUUUACCAUCGUCGUUGUCUUCAACAUUAAUUGUCUCUCUGUCUGCAACUUCUGUCUUCUCUCUAUUUGCAAUUUUAAUCAGCUUCAACGUCAUCGUUUCACGAUUCGAUGACAGGUGUUGAGAGGCAGCGGAUCCAAGAUAUUGUCAACAUCUUGGACUUGGGACUUGGGAUAGAAGGAGAAGGAGUCGAAGAGGCUUUCAAGUUGGGAACUAAAAUGGCUUAUUAAAGAAGGUUAGGAAGACGGGGUUUGUGGACUAGAGGUCGUUUUGGUGAAUUGAUGAUGGUUUGAGUUAAGUGAUGUCGUCGAGGAGAGGAGUGGGAAAAGAUUAGCCGAGUGGGAGGUGGGAGAGGAAGGAGAGACUAGGUCACUUAGAGAAACAAGUCCAAUCCAACGAGUGCGAUUGGAUUGAAGAUUGUUGAUCAUUCCAUUUUAGAAACGGGUUGGUUCGAGGCCCCGUGAUUUUAAAGAUUUAGACCCGGCUUCGCCAUGUAAAUACCACCACCCCGCCCCGCCCCGCCCCACCUCGCCCCAUUUCUUCUAUAAAAAAAUAAGACCCGCCCCAUACCCGCGUAUACCAGUCCUGACCCGUAGGUCCUUGACCUGUUUGCCCGCCCCUACUUUUAACCCUUCCAAACGCAAUACCAAACAGAUCCUUAACUCACAGGCCUACUAAUUUCAUGGGCCAGGGAUGGAUUUGGGCCAUGGAAUUGAAAAUUCAAGACCAAUUUCAACCUGACAUCGACGACCACCAAUAGGUAGCACAGAAGACGGAGGGGUGGAAGACAGGUGGCAGAAACCCAUCUGAUGGAAUUAGAGACGUAGAGCUGAGAGAGUUGUGCUCCUAAUUUCGCGCACUAGUUCUUACCUCUCAUGGAAGAUCAACGGUGCACGGAAACUACGAGGAAACCAAAAUACACCAAACAAUAAACAUCUGAACAAGACAUGAUUAAAAGUAAAAAUAAUUAAAGUAAAUGAUAAAAAAAAAAAAAAAUUGGUCUAACCUUAAUCAACGCCGCAUUAGCUUGUCGUCUCUUUGAGUUUUCUCAGGUGGGACUCUCUGUCUUUUCUUUAAUUCACAUUUUCCUGGAUUUCCUUCGCUGCAUUUUGAUCAUGAUGAUCAACAUUUGUUCAUGUGUGUAUGAAUAGUUACGGCCCGUUUGAUGACCAUUUUGUUUUUAGGUUUCGUAUGAAUAGCUCAAGGCAUGCAGCGUGCUUGGUAACCUUUUCGUUUUUAGAUUCAUAUGUAUAGCUAAAAUGGUUUGUUUGAUAACCAUUUUGAUUUUCGUAACCAAUUGUUGAAUGAUUAUGGGAUUCUAAGUCAAGUUAUAUGCUUCUGGGUUGUUCCAUUUUCCGCUCUCUUUACAUGCUUACAUACGUUCUCUUGUAGCUAGUGUGAAGCUCGGGCAAAUUGUCUCUCACAUUUUGUUUUUGCUUUUUUUUUAUUUUUAUUUUUUAUAUUUUUUAUAUCCGAUUUUCGAAGUUCUAACCAGAUGUUCAUAAGUUUUUCUUUUCUUUUGUGUGUGUGUAUAUGAUUGCUGGUGCAACCCCAGCUUAAUCUUCAUCCCCUUUCGUUUGGAACUCGAUAGCAUUUCUCCUACGUGUUUGUUUCUUCGAGAGAUUGUUUGUUCACUUUACGCAGUUCAUUGUUAGUACCCUUACAUCAUUAACGCGUUUCUAACUCGCAGGGUUACUCUUUUUCAACAGAUGAUUAAUGUUUUUUAGCAUGAGUUUAUAGUUAAGCUCCAAAGCUAGACGCCACUCCAAGUAGCUGAUCAUGGAUUCCACAUCAAAUUACAGCAGAAAAGAAAAUGUAGGAGCCAGCAGCCCAAGUGUUCCUGCUACAGGGAAUAGUUUCGAACAAGUUGUAAAUCGUAAUGGUGAGACUGAAGGGAAGCGGAGAGCGUACUUAGUAGAGUGGUUAAAUAGUUUAGUUCCUAAUCUAGGUUUACCAACAAAUGCUUCAUACGAGGACUUGCGAUCGUGCUUGAUCGAUGGUACCGUUUUAUGUCUGAUGUUGAAUAGGCUUAGACCUGGUCUUGUUGAUAAGAAUUCGAUGUCACCCUCAGAAAAUGUUGCAAGGUUUCUGGCAGCUAUGGAUGCAUUAGGGCUGCCGAAGUUUGAUAUGUCCGACCUAGAGAAGGGGUCUAUGAAGACUGUCACAAACUGUCUUUUAACACUUAAAGCAAAACUUAUGCCAAAUGUUAUGGGAGAUGGUAUUACUAUAACUAGUCCGACGACUAAAUCUGGCAGCCAACCUUCCCGCUUCCAGCUUUCUCAAUUAUCUGUAGAUGAGAGGCGGAAGGUCCUGUCUGAGUCAAAAUUUCAGCGCGCAUUGCAUAGUCCUGUUAUGGCAGAGACAUCGCCUUCACGAAUGCAUCAUGUUGGGCAUAAGUUCCAUGAGGUGUUGCAGUUGAAGCAAGGAAGCUACGCGGAUCUUCCUGCUGCAAAAAUUUCAGAAAUGAUGAAACCGAACAGUUUAGAUCAUCUCUUGCUGCAGAACGCUCCAACGCAGUCACUUUUGAGUGUCGUAAAUGGAAUCCUCGAUGAAGGUGUUGAAAGAAAGAAUGGUGAAAUACCUCAUCGUGUGUCUUGCCUUCUGCGAAGAGUUGUCCAGGAGAUUGAGCGGCGAAUAUCAACUCAGGCGGAGCAUUUAAGAACUCAAAACAACCUUUUUAAGGCUCGUGAAGAGAAAUACCAGUCAAGAAUCAGAGUACUUGAAACACUUGCAUCCGGAACCAGUGAGGAAAGUGAGCUUAUGAUGAACCAUCUUCAGCAAAUAAAGAGUGAGAGAACCCGAAUGGAAGCAAAGAAGAAAACCGAUGGCGAGGAUGUGAAUGUGAUCAGAUUGAUGAAAGAGAGGGAUCAAGGCAACCUUGAAAUUUCAGGAUUGAAGCAAGAGUUGGAUAUAGCAAAAAAGACAUAUGACCUGCGUUGCUUGCAAAUGGAAAUGGAAGAGAAGGGUGCUAGAACGGAGCUUGAAGAGAGGAUAAAAGAACUCGAACGUCUCUUGGCAGAGUCAAGGAGUAAGGUGAAAGAGCUCCAGGCAAAUUCUGAGUCAAAACAUCAGUCUAAUAGAGCAGAACUUGAAGAGAGAGUAAAAGAACUUGAACGUUCUUUGGAAGAAUCAAGGAAUAAAGUGAAAGAACUCGAGGCAAGUUCCGAGUCCAAAUAUCAAUUUUCUAAAGUAGAGCUUGAAGGGAGAAUAAAAGAACUUGAACGCCUCUUGGCAGAUUCAAGGAAUGAGGCGAAGCAGCUUGCAACGAAUUCAGAGUCAAAAUAUAAAAGUUGGAGCAAGAAACUGCGUGAUUACGAGAACUCUAUGGACCUUCAACUUGGUUCACUAAAGGAAUUAAGAUUAUCUUCGGAGUUCAUUAAGCAAGAAGUUUUGACGGCAGAACACAGUUACGCGGUGGACUUCAAUCACUUAGGAGUGAAACUUCAAGCAUUAGCAGACGCGUCUGAGAACUAUCAUGCACUUCUCGCUGAAAACAGGAAGUUAUUUAACGAAAUUCAGGAUUUAAGAGGAAACAUCAGAGUUUACUGUCGAAUAAGACCAUUUCUUCCUGGAGAAAAAGAAAAGAAGACGUUGGUAGAACGUAUUGGUGAAAAUGGGGAACUGGUAGUUGCAGACCGCUCCAAACCAGGGAAGGAGGGUCAUCGAUUGUUCAAGUUUAACGAGGUCUAUGGUUCAGAUGCAAGUCAAGGCGAAGUAUACGCUGACACACAACCAUUGAUACGAUCUGUGCUUGAUGGAUAUAAUGUAUGUAUUUUUGCUUACGGUCAAACAGGAUCCGGGAAAACAUACACGAUGACUGGUCCUAAUGGAUCAACUAAAGAGAACUGGGGAAUCAACUACCGUGCCUUGAAUGACCUUUUCGACAUCUCUCAACGUAGAAAAAGCUCCAUUACAUAUGAAAUUCGAGUCCAAAUGGUUGAAAUAUACAACGAACAAGUGCACGAUUUGCUAUCCAGCGAUGGUGCUCAGAAGAAACUUGGGAUUAUGACUCACUCUCAACCCAACGGGCUAGCUGUGCCAGAUGCUAGCAUGCACCCCGUGGAAGCAACCUCAGAUGUAAUAAGAUUGAUGGGAAUCGGGUUUAAGAACCGAGCUGUUGGUGCCACUGCGUUAAACGAAAGAAGUAGUCGCUCUCAUAGUGUUGUUACAGUUCAUGUACGUGGGAAGGAUUUGAAGACUGGUUCCGCAUUGAUUGGUAACCUUCAUCUUGUAGAUCUCGCGGGAAGUGAAAGAGUGGACCGUUCGGAGGUAACAGGAGACAGGCUCAAGGAAGCACAACAUAUAAACAAAUCAUUGUCUUCGCUCGGAGAUGUCAUAUUUGCUCUCGCACAAAAGAGCCCUCAUGUACCUUACAGAAACAGCAAGCUCACUCAAGUCCUUCAAAGCUCUCUCGGUGGGCAAGCGAAAACGCUAAUGUUUGUGCAGCUAAAUCCCGAUGCGAGUUCAUUUUCCGAAAGUUUAAGUACUCUAAAGUUUGCUGAGAGGGUUGCCGGAGUUGAGUUGGGAGCUGCGAAAAGCAACAAAGAGGGCCGGGAUGUAAGGGAAUUAAUGGAACAGGUAGCGUCCCUCAAAGACACGAUUGCUAAGAAGGACGGCGAGAUUGAGCGAUUGCAAUUACUUGAUGGCCACAGUGAGAAGCGUGGGACGAGCUCAUUUAGGUAUGAAUCUUCGCAGCCAAGCAGAGUUUCUAGAGGUGGGAAGUGAAACCAAACACCGUUAAGUGGCGGGAUGAAGGCUUAGGGCUUAAGGCAGCUUCUGAUCCUGAAAACUGUGUUCUUGUACAGUAUCAUAAGCUCCAAAAGUCCAUGCAGGACAUUAAACAACAAAAUGAUUUUCUUCGGCAAUCAUCAAAGGUUGCCGGAAGUGAUGACAUAGGUCAGAAUAAACAUGCAGAUCAUGCUGAGUACUUGGCAUCUGGAGAUGCAGAUUCUGAGGGGAAAUUAAGUGACUUAUCUGACGGUGGUCUUUCUACUGGAACAGAAACUGAUGGCUCUGCAUGAAUUAUCCCGAAAGCACGAAAUCCGUUCCCUUGUAAAGGCCUAAAAGGAUUAGUAGGAUUCCGCGACCCUCGCUAAAACCAGGAACAACUUCUUCACCUUCGGCAUCAGGAUCAACGAGCGCUGUGAAGGUGCCAUCAGGUAUGAGAAAAAGUAGCAGUUCUUCGUCACUGAAGCCGGCUGCAAACAGUUGGAAAUAAUUAGAACUCAGUCACUACAAGAAUUUCUCCACUAAUUUUUUUGAUAUACAUGUACAGAGUUUUCUUAGUUGCAAUUUUCUGAAAAUUUUAACAGCUCCUACCCCUAGCUUUCUAAUUACUCAAACCCUUUGUUGUGUGAGCUCUACUGCAAUUAUGCAAUGUAUACAAUUAAACCAA